AUGAGCUACUACGGCAGCUACUAUGGAGGCCGCGGCUAUGACUACGGAGGAUUCGGUGGCCUGGGCUGUGGCUGUGGCUAUGGAGGCUACGGAGGCUAUGGGUAUGGCUCUGGCUUUGGGGGCUACAGAUAUGGCUGCUGCCACCCAUCCUGCUGGGGAGGGUCUGGCUUCUCUGGCUUCUACUGA